AUGGGCGCAGGUGAGUUGGGCGGCGUCCUUCAGUUUGCCGAACAGGUGGCCAAGACCUUCGCUUUGUCCAACAAGCUCCCGGAGGGCACCGGCGUUCGGGUGCUCUUCACCGACUUCGGCGCUAAGAGCUUGGUCGCCACGCGAUGGAACCCGCUCCCCGAGAACCUGACGCUGGGGCGAAGGAUCCUGGAUCACUUGCCGCCGGUGCUCCCCAAGCGUGAGCUGCGCAUGGAGGAGCGAACGAAGCUCAGCGAGAUGUGCGAGUCCUCUGUGAUGCUCGUGGUGGCACCCAACCAAUCCGAGAUGGCAGCGGUUCUGGGGAUUUUUGAUGUGAUGAAAGACCUCGGGAAGAAAGUGCCCGUGAUCUUGCUGAAUGCCAAGUUGGUCCAGGACACUGUGGCCUUAGCAGGUGUGAUGCUGAAUAAGUUUCGCGCCUUUGAGAGCACCUUGCUGCCAGUCUUCCACUUGGAGCAAUUUGACCCCGACGACGACAAGGACGUCCGACCUGGUCCGAGCUCCGACGGGAAUCUGCAGGACCCGAUCCCUCUCAACAGCGCAGUGGUCGUGAGAGUUUGGCCUCGGCCCUUCUCGGUGUGGGAGGACAAUCCAGAGGAUCCGGAGGCCAUCGAUGGGUAUUUCCUGCUGGAUGUGAACGACACCAGAGCGCAGGACCCGGAGGACUGCCUCACCUUCCUGAAAGGCUCGCGUGAGUUGAUGAAACGGAUGCGGCUUAAGGAACGCCAGGACCGCGAGAAGGGUGGAAAGAUGAUUUGA